UAUCUGAUACUUUACGUAGUACGGAGUAGUUGGCAGCAGGGCACCAGGUGGAGGUGCUGAAUGCUCCGAUUUCUGGCAAAAGUAUGGAAGUAAGAUCAAAAGAACCAACAAUCCCCCCUUGUCGUUCGGUUAUUUAACGCCGUUACCUUCAGUCACCUAUUUUUUUUCUCUCUCUCCUCAUUUGCUCUCCAAUUCUAGUUCCCGUUUUGAAGACCUAAACAUUUGGGGAUUCUCUGUACUUUUCCAUUUCUUUCAUGGCAGGGAGAAACCGUAUGCCUCGCUAUCCUGUUAACCCACAUGGUUUUAGAGGCGCCCCUAGGCCAUUUUUUAACAGAGGACCAGGGCCUCUACCUAUUCCUGUGGCUGUGGAGGAAGAAAUUGAAAUUCAGCACAGAGAAAACCAGAAGAUUGCUGCUGAAAAUCGGCACUUGCUUGAUGAAAAUGCGAUUCUUGAAAGAGACCUGAAUGGUGCUAAAAACGAAAUUCACAGAUUGGAUCAGCUCAUUAAUAAUCUUCGAGCUGACCAUGAUGUUACGUCUAGGGGUUUGAUUGAGAGGGGUUUGAAGAUGGAAGCUGAUCUACGUGCCGCUGAACCUCGUAGAGAAGAACUCAUGCGUCUUAGAGCUGAAGUCCAAAAGCUGACUGUUCAAAAACAAGAUUUUACUGGUCAAAUACACGGUCUCACUCAAGACAUAUCUCGUCUCCGUUCUGAAAAUAAGCAACUGAGUGCUUUGAGAGCGGAUGUUGAUGGAAUACGCAAAGAAUUAGCUGAAGCCAGGAGAGCUUUGGAAUACGAAAAGAAAUCAAAUGUAGAACAGGUGCAGCAGAAGGAAAAUAUGGAGAGGAAUCUCAUGUCAAUGGCUCGUGAGAUUGAGAAGCUUCGAGCAGAGCAGCUGAGCAUGGAUAGGAGAGGGCAUCAACUUGGUGGUGGCAGCAGCUAUAGUAUGUACAAUGGGGUCCCAGAUAUGAGGUAUUCAGGUGGAGGGCCGUCUACAGAUGAGCAUGGUGGAGCUUGGGGACCUUAUAAUAAGCGUCCUAGACAUUGACCUCCGAUACCUCUGACUGGCGUCUGCAGAAGAUGUGCUUACUGAUUUUGGCACAGCUAUUCGGGAAAAGGAAAGGAAAGGAGGUGGUAUUGAUUAUAGUUAUGGAAUGUAUUUACCCUCUGCUCUGUAUUCCUCCCUUUAUUUCUCAGUAAACAAGUAUAGUUGGCUUAAUUAACGUGGGUGUGGUGUUAAAGUUGUUAACUGUUUAUUAUGCCUUGAAUUGGCCUUGUAUCCUCCUGGCAGUGGGUUAAAACUUAAAACUGUAAGAUUGGUCUUUAUUAAUCGCACAAGUAUAGGUUCUCUUGA